AUGCUGCAGCACUCAAAGAUUGAAAUGAUAUUCAAGUCGCUGCGCGACAUCGUUGUGAUUGGCGACAACGACAUGGUCGUCACCGACAUGAAUCGUCCUGCGUGCGACUUUUUCGGCUGGGGCGUCGACGAGGUGCAGGGCAAAAGCAUCACCUUCCUCAUCCCCAAGUACCCGCUGGACCUCGAGGACGGCACGGUGACGCUCGUGGCGAAGCUGAAAAACGCCGUCGAGAUCCCAGUCGUCGUGCAGUCGACGCGGGACCCGCACGCCAGCAUGGUGGGGUGGACCAUCCUCCCCAUCAUCCUUCCCCGCGUGUUUGAUUUUGCGGUGCACAUGAACCUUCGCGCCGCCCUCACCCCAAAGCUCUCCGUGGACGACCUGGACUUUUGCGCCCGCCGCGUGUUUGUCCGCGUGGACUUUAACGUGCCGUUUGACAAGACAACCGACAAGAUCCGGGACGACAGCCGCAUCCGUGCCGCCGUCCCGACAAUACUGAAAAUUGUCCGCGACGGUGGCCGUGCUAUUGUUGCCUCGCACCUUGGGCGGCCGAAGAAGCCGGACGCUCACUACUCGCUAAGGCGCAUCUUGCCCCGUCUUGAAGAGGUGCUUGGCAAGAAGGUGCUCUUCUGCCCCACUCUGGAGGAGGCACCCAACAUGGUGAAGGGCAUGAAAGACGGCGACGUCAUGCUUUUGGAGAAUCUCCGUUUCUUUCCAGGCGAGGACGCGCCGCGGACUUCGUCGCGGAACCGUAUGGCACUGCAGCUAGCAGCCUUUAGCGACAUUUACGUUUGUGAUGCGUUUGGUACGGUGCAUCGAAUGACCGCAAGCAUGACGGGUCUGCCUCGCAUUUUAGGGGCUGGCGUGACCGGCUACUUGAUCGACCGUGAGAUCAGGGCGAUUAGCAUGGUGAUGCGCAGGCCCACGCUUCCGGUGCUGUGCAUCGUGGGUGGUGCGAAGGUGUCUGACAAGAUCAUUGUGCUCUCGAGCAUCAUGAAUUUCGCCCAAACAAUUAUCAUCGGUGGCGCCAUGGCGUACACGUUUCUUGAGGCGCAGGGGCAUUCAUGUGGUGCCUCCAAGGUGGAACGCAGUAUGCGAGAGCGCGGACGGGACUUGGACCUCCACGCCGUCGCACGCGAGUUACUGGACCGUGCACGAGCAAAAAAGGUGCAAAUUAUUCUUCCUGUAGAUCAUAACUGCGCCAAGUCGUUUAGCAACGAAGAGCCUUUUACGACGCCCGGGGCGGAUGUACCAAACGAUUACAUGGCUUUGGAUUUUGGACCAAAGACGAAUGAGAUUUGCUCCAAGGCUGUGGCCAAGGCCCGAACGCUCCUUUGGAACGGGCCUGUUGGCGUCUUUGAGUUCUCGAACUUCGCCACUGGGACAAUUUCGUUGGCGGAGGCGAUUCAACGUAAUAAGCGGCUUGUUUCCAUCGUGGGCGGGGGUGAGACGGCGGCGGCGACGAAGCGGUACAAGAGCAGCAUCACACACACGAGCACGGGGGGUGGAGCUUUUCUGGAGCUGCUUGAGGGAAAAGCCCUUCCGGGCCUCGUGUGUCUCACGGCGCAGACCGAACCCAAGCUGUAA